GUAUCAAAGAAUGGAGUGUUCUUUCUCCAUUCUAUUGGUUCAUCCCUGUGCCUUCUGUCACUUUCCAGUUCAAGAAAAAUUCAUCUGAUCUGAAAGGUGGGAACACUGAAAAGCAAAAACCCAAUAAAGAAUGGAAAACUCUAUCGGAUUCAUACUCCUCUGUAUGACACUCUUUAUACCCACCAUCCUGUGUUACUACAUCCUCCGGAGUCGGACCCGACACCGAGGACUUCCCACCCCGCCAUCACCGCCUCGGCUUCCCAUCAUAGGCCACCUGCACCUCCUCUCCGACAUGCCCCACCGUACAUUUGCUCGUCUUGCUAAGAAAUUGGGCCCCAUAUUCCACCUCCAGCUCGGGCAAGUCCCGACGGUGGUGAUUUCCUCUGCCCGGUUAGCCGAACAGAUCCUAAAGAACCAUGACCAUGUCUUUGCUAGCAGGCCGCAGCUCAUUGGCGCGCAAUAUCUGUCCUUUGGUUGUUCUGACAUCACUUUCUCCCAAUACGGACCCUACUGGAGACAAGCGAGGAAAAUCUGUGUGACCGAGCUGUUGAGUUCAAAACGGGUCGACUCUUUCCGGGACAUAAGAGAUGAAGAGGUGAAACACCUGAUAGAGACUGUAUCUUACCACUCUGAGUGUGAAGUGGACAUGAGCGAGCUCUUCUUUGCCAUGGCAAACAACAUUCUGUGUCGGAUAGCCUUUGGGAAGAGGUUUAUGAGUGAGCAUGGCGGUGAUGGGAGAGAAAAGAAGGAUUUGGUUGGUGUUCUGACAGAGACGCAGGCUUUGCUUGCUGGGUUUUGCUUGGGAGAUUUCUUUCCCAGGUGGGAAUGGGUCAAUGUGGUCAGCGGAAUGAAGAGAAGGCUGAUGAACAACUUGAGAGAUUUAAGAGAGGUGUGCAAUGAGAUCAUAGAUGAUCAUUUGAGGAGGGCGGCGGAUGGAAGAAGAGAAGACUUUGUUGAUGUUUUGCUCAAGGUUCAGAAGAGAAAUGACCUUGAAGUCCGAAUCACUGAUGACAACCUCAAAGCUCUUGUUAUGGUCCAUCUCUAUCUCACUCAAUCUCCAUCUAUUUGUCCUCAUGUGCGUACACACUUUAGCACACUUCUUAGCGCACCGGUUACAGCGUUGUUGUGUGACCGAGAGGUCACAAGUUCAUCUCUCUGGAGCAGCCUUUUAUCAAAAUGAUAGGGAAGGUUUCCUCCUUAUACACGGUGGAGCCCUUCCCAAGACCCUCACCUUGAGGGGACGUCAAUGUGCACCAGACCUCCCCUUUUAUAAACCUUAUUGUGAUUUGUGACCAUUUUAAUACUUAUUUAUAAAAACAAAACCUAACAUUGAAAAUAUUGUUAAAUUUGUUUCUAUGUACAUUAUUCAAAUAUAAACUCUAUAAUCUUUACACAUGUAUAGCUGAAUAUUCGGUUAUAUAAUAUAUGCACCUACCUAGUGCAUAUGAUAAAAUGCAUUUCAGCAUUUGGCUUCAUUAUCAACUCGCAGAAGAGAAACUUGAAGGUACUAUCUGAAUGCACUUUUGUUAAUAAAAUGUGCUACUCAUAGAGUAAUCCCAUGGUCAUAUGGUGAGGAAAAGGUUGACUGGAAGUCAAAAAAUCAUCCUCGAAAGAAUUAGUGAAGAUAAUUCUCAUGAAAAUGCAUAACAAUCACUGAAUCAGUGAAUCUUUCCCAAGGCAUAUAAUACCUUACUUAAAGGGCACUUUCGUCAAAUACAUAACUAUACCCGAAUCUUUUCCUAAGUCUUUCUUUUGGUGACAACUGAUAAGAACUCAUUGGUACUAGGACAUGUUUGUAGCCGGGACAGACACAACAUCAGCCACGCUUGAAUGGACGAUGACAUCACUUGCUACAAACCCAAGGGUCAUGAAGAAAGCACAAGAUGAAGUAAGAAAGACUGUAGGGGAUAAAGGGAAAGUGGAAGAGAGUGACCUUCAACACCUCCAUUACAUUAAAGCAGUGAUAAAGGAAACUAUGCGACUUUUCCCACCUGUUCCUCUUCUUGUUCCCCGAGAAUCAAUAGAGAAAUGCAAUAUUGAUGGCUAUGAAAUACCAGCUCAAACUAGGGUCCUAAUAAACACAUACGCCAUAGGGAAGGACCCUGAUUCGUGGGAUAACCCUUUGGAGUACUAUCCUGAGAGGUUCUUGGAACAAGAUAUUGACUUCAAGGGCCAGGAUUUCAGGUUCUUGCCAUUUGGAGGAGGAAGAAGGGGUUGUCCAGGUUAUGCUUUGGGAUUGGCUACUAUUCAGCUCACAUUGGCCCGUCUACUGUAUCACUUUAACUGGAGACUGCCACCUGGAGUGAAACCCAGUGACGUGGAUUUGACAGAGAUUUUUGGACUGGCUACAAGGAAGAAGAUGGCUCUGAAGCUUGUCCCAGUAGUCAGUAUAUCGUCUUCAAUAUAAACCAUUCUUAGAAGUGAGCUUCUAUGUUGCCUCCUUUACUAAGAGUAUGUUUGGAUCCAAGAAAAUGUUAGGGACGGAAAAUGCUUGGAAAAUGGAAGAGAAUAAAAGCAGUUAAGAAAAC